ACAAACACCCGGGGCCUUUUCCCCUGCAAGACUGACCAAAGACAAACUGACCAUACAUGCUUUAGAUACAAUAGCUAUUGUUGACAGACAUGAGCUCAAACACACUUUCUGCUGUGUUAGAAAAGCAGAUUCGCCGUCUAUGUCUGAAUGACUUUCCUUGUGGAUAUGGCAGCUGGAGAAAGAGUAAAGACAGUACAGAGGGAGCAGAGACAGAGGACACAGGCGUCCUGCUGGAUCUGCUGAGUUGCCCUCACUCUCCGUGGUGGCACGAUGAGUCAUGGAGCCCACAAGCUGCGGCCCUGAGACGGCUGGCUGUGUUCACACCUGAGUCUCUGCACGGUGACUUCGUUUACAAUUACUUCAGCACACUACGCAUCGUGGACAAGGGCGUAUCAGUCAUCGACAACGGCCUGUUAAAGUUUUCAAAGCUGGAGGAGUUGGUACUGAGCGCCAACAAAAUCUCUGACGUCCCUGCAGAUAACCUCCCCAAAACUUUGAGGAUUUUGGAACUACGUGCCAACCAGCUGGUUGCACUCAACAGUCUAACCAAGCGCCCGUCUCCUCGACUGCAGUACCUCGGCCUCGGCUCAACUAGUGUAGGUUCCCAUGAAGACGUCACUCAUCUUACAGGAAGCCACUGGCCGCAGCUGGUGUGUCUGGACCUUAGUGACUGUGAGUUUCAGGCCCAGCAGGCCCUGCUGAAUGCCUUGAGUACGCUCCCCUGCCUCAGGACGCUGGUGCUGGAGGGAAACCCCCUCACUCUUGCGCCCUCCUACCCGGGUUUCACUGUGGACAGUCUCCCACAGCUCUCUUGCCUGGACGCCUCAUGGAUCUCCCCUGAGGAAAGACAUCGUUUUAGAGGCUUGGCCAAGAUGAGUGAUCUGAUAGUGGACUGGGCAUCAGCCACAGUGAGCGUAGGCAGGAUGAGAGGAAUCCCAGACCCGCUGAUGAGUGUGGAUGAAAACGCUCCUGACUUCCCUGUCAUCACCUACAGCUAUUUUAUCACAUAUGUGUUCUUAAGUCAUCAAACACCUGUUAACCAGAAAGUCAACAGUGAGUCUAAAUUAGACACAACAGCCGGAGGAGACGUGUCCAGUGAUGCUGAGCUGCAGUCAAACAAGAACAGCGAAAGAGAAACAUCCAAAUCAGAAAUUCGAGACUUGAUGGUGAACACUGAGGAAACCCACCAGGAUACUGCACACGAGUCAAGACACAGCACAUCAAAGCUGCCGUGGUCAGAGUGCAUGGACUUCAGUGACACACAAACAUACAUCGUUAGCGAUCUGGGGAGCUUUAAGAAAUUCCUCAAUCAAGGACUUUGUCUUAGGAUAGAAGUGGAAAAGGUCCUGUCAUGGCCUGCGGCUUCUGAAGACGCCCCGGUGGCCAAACCGAGCCAAAAUGCCAAAGAGAAAAAAGGAGGGAAGGGGAAAGAAUCUCCAGUCAAAUCUGGCUCCAACAAAGACAAAUCAAAGGACAAAAAGAAGAAAUCUGUAACAGAGCUGGUCCACGACGCCCCCGUCAGGAGAAUCCUCGGCUCUGUCCACGUCCCCCUGCAAAGCCUCGUCAAAGGGGGUCAAAAGGUGGACGUCCUCUGUGACCUCGGUACCCUGCACACGGAGCCUGAGGUGGAAGCUAUGCAAACACUUGAAAAGACAAUCAAAGAGGACAAGAAGAAGGAGGAAAAGGAAUCAAAGCGGAGAGGAGGCAGCGGGACUGGACAGAAGAGCACAGCAGCUUCAAAAGGCAAAGGAAAAGGAAGAAAGGAACGCGAGGUGGACGUCCACACAGACAACCCCAUGUCCAUCCCAGUGGAACCAGUGACUCUGGAGUUGAGUGUGGAGCUGGAGAAAUGGCGGUCCGCAUCAGAAGCCACAAAGCUCUCACACCAAACCUCCAGGAAAAAAAACCCCACUGAAUCUGUUUUAUCUUAAAGCAACAUGACCAGCGAAGCCGGGCUCAUGUAUUUUCAGUUUGACCCUCUGUAAAUUCUGGCUGGGUAAGGUUAUAGGCUUCAUUUCAGCUCCAGUUUAACCAGUGUCCUCCCCUGCAUUCCUUCAUUAUCCUAAAUUUAUCAUAGUUUUACAUGGCCUGCAGUUAUAAUACAGUUAUCAAUCUAUAGUAUCUGCACAGUAUUCCAGCCAACAUGUGCUUCUAAAUGCACUGGGAAGUUUAAACAGUGUGGAAGAGACAAUUUUAGCCUCAAAGUAAAAAUGGCGUUCACACUAUCUGCUGUCACUUUACCUGUGACGUAAAUAUGAUUAGAGAUAAAACUUGGGGAAAGUUAAGCCGACAACCGGAUGUGUUUCCACCACAUGGAGGCAAUUAGUCACCUGUACAAAGCAAGCAGCACAGUCCGACCAGUAAAGGACUUCAAACUCAAAUUGUCUUGCUAAAAAUCAUCACCUCAGUUGUUAAAACGUCAUGCUGCAUGUAACACAUGUAAAUUAAUGUUCCGCACAUACUUAUGAUACAGAAAUAAAUAUAUUGACAGGGAUUAACCCAACUGAAAAUGACGCCAUUGCAAGGAGAGGAGUCUGCUAAACUUGUUGCUGUGGUUAGUACUUCAUACUUUGUCAUAUCUGUGCUGAUCUGUGGCAACAAAUGUCAGGUUUCUAUUUACCUCGUCGUCUUCAUUGUGAAUUAAUGUGAUCUGUGCUUGACGUCUUGGAAAUUAUAAUGAAUGAAUAGGGAACAUGAAUAAAUCCCAGAUCCAGAAGCCCUGAAAGCACCAGGUUCAAUCUGUGUUAACUGGAUUGUGGUAGAAAUUUAAUUGCCAAUUUGUUUUGAAAUUUGCAACAUUGAAGUCCAACAUCACCUAAAAUGUUUUAGGGUUUAAGGUUCUAUUUAUCUCAUCUGGAGGCCUUGUUUUAGAGCGGUCCCCUAAAACUAUAAAGACUUCCAUUAUUUUAUGUUGCAUGUUCUCGAUAACUCUGUGUUUAUUUGAUCAAACCAUAAACUGACUGACACACAUCAAACCUGGGAGCAGGCAGUAGCAGUACUGGGAGUACUGGUUAGUUGGUUUCUGGGAGUCUGGGAAAAAUAUUACAUGUAGACUGUUGUGUAUCACUCUUGAUGGUACAUGAAGG